AUGUCGCGGCUUUUCCCUCAUACCCCCUAUGCAGAGGACCAGCCGUUCUAUCAUACCGUCCUGACCGCCCACGUUCUCUUCCGCGGAUUCCAGGCUGGGGCGAUGGUGGGUCUCGUAAGCGGAGCAGCUCGGCCCCUGAUCGCUGCCUGGCGAGAGGGGUCUGCCCGGGGACCAGUUAUUGCAGGUUCAAAGGCACCAGGGAUCAUUUGCGCGACUGGCGUCGGAUCUGCCAUGGGUGCAGGAAUUCUUGCUGUUGCACUCUAUCUGCGUAUGAGGGGCCGCACGGAGAUCGAGUGGAAGGACCGCAGCUGGCGCUUGUUGGAAAGCAAAAGCCAACUGCUCGUGGAUGACUGGUCUCUGAGUGGCGCGACUCUUGGUGCAAUCUAUAUGACCUUGAGGAGACCAAUGAGCGAAACCAUGGGAUGGCGAAGAGUCGCGGGUGGUGCAGGAAUUGGAAGCAUAUCGGGCUGUUUGGGUUAUUUGGGCUGGAAGUAUUUGGCCGGUCACAAGUCCAGGCUCUGA